CGUAAAUUGUUCCGUCUCGCAACAGUAGAAUGACCUAGAGAGGGUUGCUUAACCUCUUUAGUAUAAAUGACUGCAACCAAACUAUUUAAUGUUCAUAUACUGAUAUAUAACGGUUAAUCACAUAGUGAUAUACACGCAUCUUUUUAUUUAUUUCCACUUUGUAAUCGGGAUUGAUAUUUUGCAUUAGUGAAUAUGGUAGCUGUGCAUUUAUACGAUUCAACAAUCUGUCGUUUGUGCGCAGCGGACAAUGGUAACGAAUUGUUGUUCGUCAAUGAGACUGGCGAAGCGGACUUGAGUUUACUGAUAAAUCGAUAUUUGCCGCUGAAGGUUCAAGAUGAUGGCAAAUUACCAAGAACAAUUUGUCCAGGCUGUAACAUCCAACUAGAAGCAACAGUUCAAUUUUUACAGUUGUUAGUAAAUGGACAGCAAAAAUUACGAGAAAUGUGGAAACAUGAAGUGGAGCAAUGCAAAGCAGAGCGUUUGCAAGAUAAAAGAGAAAUUGUGGACUGCAUAGUUCAGCAUAAUGAAGAUGAUCAGUAUGAGCAACAAAUAGUUGUUAAAGUGAUGUCAGAUGGAUCCAUGUAUGCAGCAGAACAUGAUAUGAGUUUACAAAUGGAAGGCUUGACUAAGCCAAGAAGGAAACGUGGACGUCCACCCAAAGUACAUACAGAAGCAGACACUUUGGCAACAAGAGAAAAUCCUAUAGAAACUGCAAGCCAAGGUGAGGAAGAUAAACAGGAAGAAAUUGAGGAAGUAGAUCGUGAUGGAAGACGCAGAAGAAAACGUAAAGUUCCUAAAAGAUUUAUGGAAGCAGUGCAAGGAAAGGAAUUAGAAAGAAUUUUUAAGGAGGAAGGAGUAAUUGACGAAGAAGAUGAUGAUUCUGAAAUACACAAUGAUUCUGAAGAAGUGUUAAAUCCUUCUAUUCAGGAUGGUCAGGAAGAAGUAAUUGGUCAUCUUGAAACAGAAGAGGGCACAGACUUGGGCGAGUUGGUGGUCGUGAAUCGUGUACGAGCACGAGGAAAGUCGAAGUUAAAUCGACGAAAAACCAAGUUUACUUGUCAGCUUUGCGGCAGAAGUUUCCUACAACGCAGCAGAUUCAUAGUACACAAGAGCUUUCAUAAGGGCGUCAAGUAUGAAUGCACACAGUGUAAGAAGCUUUUCACCAGUAAGGAUAACUUGGCAUUGCACCAGAAAACAACUUUACAUAAUACGAAUUCUGCCAAUGAAAAUGUUGAAGCACCGAAUUUUUUGGAGAAGGUUGAGAUGUCCAAUGCAGAACAAGAUAUUUCAGCAUCGACAACCGAGAAAAGCAAGUUGGAUAAAGAAUAUCGAUGUGAUGUCUGUGGCAAAAUCCUAAAUCAUCCCAGCUCCGUCGUGUAUCAUAAGGAAGCUGAACACAACAAUGGACGUCGUUUCGUUUGUAACAAAUGUGGCAAGAGCUUUAAGCAUAAACAACUGCUCCAGCGUCAUCAGUUAGUGCAUUCAGAUAAUCGACCAUACGUUUGUAAGUCAUGUAACGCCAGUUUCAAGACAAAAGCAAAUUUGAUUAAUCAUCAGUCUACUCAUACGGGCGAGAAGAAGUAUUUCUGUGAGAUUUGUGGUCAACAAUUUGCGCACAAGACUAGUCUCACAUUGCAUUACAGGUGGCAUACUGGUCACAAACCUUAUACUUGCGAGGUAUGUCAAAAGAGUUUUUCUCAAAAUGGCAAUCUGCAGGAACACAUGCGUAUCCAUACCGGUGAAAAACCGUAUUGCUGCGACACCUGUGGUCGCAAAUUUACUACAUCUUCCCAGUUUAAACUACACGUGAAACGACACACUGGCGAGCGACCUUGGAAGUGCGAAUUUUGUGCGAAAUGUUUUUUGCAUAAAGACACAUGGAAGUGUCAUGUGCGUCGACAUAAGGGUGAACGUCCGUUUCAAUGCGCGUAUUGCAAUCGUGGAUUUACGGAACAAUGGGCACUGAAGAAACAUUUCCGUUUGCAUACUGGUGAGAAACCGUAUUCUUGCGAUCUAUGUGGUAAAGCUUUUGCUGAUUGCUCGAAUUUGACAAAACACAAAAAGGUACACAAGGAAAAUAAAGUAGUAGCAGUGGACGAGUCGGGAGGAUCUCCAAUUGGCGAAGUGUGGCAAAUCUUACCGAAUUCACAGGAAUCUGAGGAACAAACUCUCGUCAAUGAUCAAAUGACGCAGGUGAUUGCGGCCGAUGAAACGUCUACCGACGGAAUUCAACAGAUCAUUUAUGUGUCCUACCAAGAUCCUGAUGAUCCUAAUCAAUCACGAACAUUACAUUUUGUUGAUACAAGCAUAAUAAGAAAUAAGGUUGAAGUAACAUCAGAUACAGACUCGUUGCCACGUUUAAACGUUGAGACCGAUGAGAUAAUUACAGAUAAGAUAUCGAAUAAUAUAUCAAGCAAUAACCAGGAGCAGUCGGGAAUAGAACUUUCAGAGUCGGAUUUACAAUUGCAGAUUACAGAUGAAGAAGGUAAUCCUAUUCCGUUAUCGAUUCAAGAAGCUCGGCAGCUUCUUUCUGAAGGACAUUUUAUUAGCCAGUUAAGUGCCGGCCAAACUAUUCGCGUUCAUUCUGGGAUGCUUACGCAACAGUUGCCACAGGCUUUGAACAUUCAUGUUGACGAGGAAACUGCUGCAACCGCAACAAUGAAAGAAGAAAUUGUGACUCGUCCGAAUGCAACUAAAGGCGUCGAAACUAUUUCAAUAGUUCAAAGCGAUGCGGAAGCAAUCGUCAAAGCUCUCGAGGAUAUAAGCCGAACUGAGGUAACACGUGGCAUCUUGACAAUAACAUCAAUAUAAGAAGACGAAAGAGUGUGUUGGAGCGGGAGCCUGGGUAGCUCAGUGGUUUAGAGCAGUCGCCGGCAAGCGAAAGACCCGGGUUCGAGUCCCGGCCCAGGGGGGCCGGGGGGCUUCCGAUAUACUUUUCUCUCCGACUCUUACAUCUAUUAGAUAUCGGUCGUCAUACAUCGGAUGUUGGACGUUCGAUGAGUACAUUCCAUUUGGAGGCUUACACGUUGUGAACGCUUAUGCUUAUAAGCGCUAUUUUCGUUCCAUUUGCUUCAUAAAUACUCACAUGAAAUAAAGCGAAAUAAAGCGUUCCACUUGACACUUGUAAGCAAUCGUAAGUGACAAGAUGGAGAACAAAAAAAAAUUAAUGUCUAUCGCAUUUGUAAAAACGUUAACAUUAUUAGAUUUAUUCGAGGAUGAUUAAAAUAAUAAUAGAAAUAAAUUCGUUGAAAGAUAUAUAUUAGAGUGGAGCAAAAAAAAAUUUUUUUUUUUAAUGCAUAACUGCUCUAGUGCGGAAAAGUUGUGGAUACUAGUAUCAUCCAUAAAAAAAUUGAAAUCGAUUAAUCGAUAUCUUCCGCAUCUAACUUAAAGUUUUGAAUUGAAUAAAAGAAACUAAAAUCCCAAUCAACACAAUUAUAUAGCUACUAUAUAACAACUAUGAAUCUCAAUAUCACGUGUUAUACAGGGUGUCUCAUAAUUGUAACACACCAACUCCAUAAGGGCGUACAGCUAAACGAGAAGAUCAG